AUGACAUCCUCAAAGGCUUUAGGCGACACCGACAGUGCCCCUUGCCCCCUAACAGAGGGCGAGCACUGUUUCUAUUCCCAGCAACCAGUGUGUCACGUGUCUCAUCAGCUGUUCAGCUUCGAUCCUGCGGCUACACUCAGUAUCUUCUAUGACCCCCAACACAACCGUGUACUGCACCAAGUAGAAAACGUGCUCUACGCCUUCGACUGCGCCAAAGUGCAUCCCAAGCUCAAGGACGGAUAUCCAAUCCGAUUCCCCAAACCAAAAUGCAUGCUGAUAUCCUUCUCCCCUUGUGGCAACUUCCUGCUGUACGUCACGGCUCUCGCGGAGGGGGAAGACUCGGGGAGUGCUCCCCGGCUGUCUUCCCAGCCCUCAAACUCAGCAGCAGACGCUGCUGCCGCGUCAGCCAGGCCUCCCUGCGGCAUUACUCAAGAAGCUGGCAUCGUCGACUUCUUCGGUGAUGACUCCCUCACAACUUUCGUCCCUUUAAAGGGAGGCACAGUUUGCGAAGAUCUACCUGGAGUCCUACAGGCUUUUUGGCUAGCCGUGCCGCUAACCGCCAGCUCAGAAGCGAGCACCUUGUUGGUCGUUAUCACGCAGAAAAACAUCGAGCUCUUCAGGUUCGUGCACGCCGGAAAGACUCUGCACGCCCUGAAAAAAGUCGCUCAAGUGUCGUUGCUCGCGUGGAUUGCGCUGCCAUCGUGGCCUAAGACUGCAGCCGCCCCUAUCGUCAGUGGCGAUGCAGCGCAGCAGCAGCAACACCAACAGAGCCAGCAGUCUGCACCAGCGGCAACGCUUGCAAGUACAGGAACCGCCUCCUCGGUUGUCUUCGUUGUUGCCGUUGGACAGAGGACGCUUCAGCCGUUCUUACUCGACUCCAAGACUCUGUGCGUCCCUGGAAUGACACAGAGCCUUGUGCGACUGGCAAAGAUAGAGCUUAACUUGCCCCUCUGGCAGGCGCUGCAACAGCGCGAUGUGUAUGUCUUCUCUCUGUACGAUACUGCUUACUGCGUGCAUGCGGAUGGCCAUGCGGGGAGGAUCUCGCUAAGAGCUAUUACGGGUCCUCUCCAACCCGACACAGUGCUCGACGCCCUUGCGCCAGGGGACCUACAGCUGUUGGCACUCGACAAUAUGAUAGUCGUGUAUCACGCGGCUUUGGAUUCGGUGCUCCUAUUUGACGUUCACCGAUCCCCCCUCUACGCAGCGAACGGCAUGCCCGAGGGGGCCUCCCUCGAGACCACCAGAAGCCCCACGGGGGGCCCCCCGCAAAUGCGGAUCAAGGGCAAGCCAGUCACUCCUAAGCCAGCGGAUCUCAACAAGGGCGUGUGGGCUGUUGGUCCUCUGGUGAGAGCAACGGCGCUGUCUAUGCAGCCGGCUGCGCCGUUCCGUGGCUUAGGAGAGAAAAGGGGGGGGGCGGCGGAAGGGCAAAACGAGAAUGUGGCGGAGGCUUCUGCGCCUUGCGACGGCCUCAUGGAUGUCGAGCUCCAGGCUCCGAAUCUCGAGGUCGCCCAGUUCGUCUCUCCCGACGUCAUCAUCGAUGCAGAGUUUGGAGGGGUGUACCGGCUGGAGCUCAAUACGUAUGCCAUUAUGCAUAGACUUCUGAAGGAGAAGCAGUCCCUGUGUGCUGCGGUCCAAGUACUUCAGAAUCGUUCGCAUUGCAAGGCGGAAGUCUUGCGACUGACACUUCACGCGCUGCGGCUGGAAACGUCGCUCGUAGAGCUGCAGCCGCUGUUGUUUCUGCUCAACAGCAAGUAUAGGAGUGCCAUCGAGCAGGUUCCCCUGUCUCUCCUGGCUUACAGCCAGCAGCAGAGCUCCCAAGAAUGCGGUGCCGUCAACUCUGCUACUGCGGGGGGCAGCCCUUGUUCGGCGGCUCGCGCUGGACAUAGGGUGUCUGCUUCUUUUCCCUCUGCAGCAGAGGCGAUUACGGCGACUGCAGGGAUAACGAGUGGACGUGCCACAAUACCCCUCGAAUUGCUGCUGCAGUCCAUCGGUUCCCAGACAGUCAUUACGGAGAGAGAUGUCGUGUUUAGCGUCUUCUACCCGUUUGUGCGGCAGCAGUACAACCUGCCUCCGAACACCUUGCUGCUCGACGCCUCGUUUCCUCAGCUAGAAGAUGCAGAGACACCGGACGAAGCAAGGGUGUUGCCUACCGAGGUGUCGGAUGGAAGCCUUGCGCGCCAGUCUCCUCGGGCUUGCCUGACGCUAAGGAAGGGGAGAAGCAGCAGCUCUCUGCCGUACAUUUUGUCUGUUGCUGCCGAGUAUACGCGCACUCUGUUGAUGUUGCAGGUCUUUCCGCAUAAAGUCUUGCAGGCGUUCCUCUUCGACUGCUGUGCCUUUUUCAAGAGAGGAGACUUCCUCAGGCAGCUGCUGCAGUAUCAUCUGUUGCUGGAUUCAGUGGAUUUGUUGGAACGCCUCUAUGUGGUGUGGCGUCAACUAGCAGCAACCACUGCGGCGGGAGAUCGCAGCGCAGCUCGCGAUGAAAGGUGGCUUCGGCAGGCGUGUCUCGAUGCAGCCCUCAGACUGAGAGACUGGAGAACGAUCGUGUCUAUCCUUCUCGCGUGCAAGCAGCACAAGGAGAUCAUUCCGCUGCUCCGACAGCAUGGGGCCUCAGACUUUCCCCUCAAAACCAUUCUCCGAAGCAUUGCUGCCGACGUCGAAGCUCAGAAGGAGCAGCCAGGCCUGCUGCAGCACGUGCUUGGUCACAUCAGAGCGUGGAUCAGUGAGUGUAAGGCGCGCGAAGCCGCAGGGGCCCCCCCCUGUCCACCCCCAAACUUGCAAGACUGUGCGGCUUGGCUGCCCGGAGUGGAAGAAAAACAGCAGCCUGCAGGGCAGCCUUCACAAGAUGCGAACGAAAAACGCUGCGGUGACACAGAUGCAGCCGCUCUAGACCCCCAACUCAUAAACGCCAUUGGGGAGGUGUCCAACGAGUUCAGCGAAGCCCUCCCCUCUGAGGGGGAAGAGAAGGAAGCCGCCAGCGGAUGGGCAGCACUGCAGCAGGCGGAGGCCGAGUGUUGUUCUUCUCUGAGCUCUCCCAUUUGA